CCACACCGCCACGCACGGCGGCUUCGUCUCCAACACGGCGACCGAUUAACCCCACCGAUUCCGGCGACCAAACUCUCCCGGUCCCCCCAACACCUUUUUGUGGCAAACCCUGCACGCCUCCGCAACCGCGUCGUCGGCGAGCGCGAUCCCGAGAGACUCAACCAUCGGCCAUUCAGCCUCCUCGGUGGGGUGUGUGUAUGCGCGUACGCUGGCCGUGACCAGAUCGGCUAAGGUAAGGCCAUGGCGGAGCCGGCCCUCCUCGCGCCGGACCCCUUCGCGGACCUCCCCUUCCCCGAAUUCCAGGCGCCCGUGGACGGCGACACCUUCGCGUUCGAGGACUUCGAUCUGGAGGAUCUGGACCUGGACCUGGACGUCGACUUCGACCUCGAUCUAUUUGCCUCGGACGGGCAACUCUCGCAGCCGCCCCCUCUCGCGACCUCGUCCUCCUCGGCCGGGUCUCCGGAGGGGGGAUCGUCCUCUUCCGGCGGCGGCGGCGGGCUGAGGAACGAGGAGUCCUCGGAGUCGUCUUCGAGGAGCGCGAGCGGCACGGAUGGCAGCGACAAGGGGAAGGGGGAGGACGACGAAGCGAAGCGCCGCGCGCGGCUGGUACGCAACCGCGAGAGCGCGCACCUGUCGCGGCAGAGGAAGAAGCAGUACGUGGAGGAGCUGGAAGGUAAGGUGAAGGCCAUGCAGGCCACCAUCGCUGACCUCUCCGCCAGGAUCUCCUGCGUCACCGCCGAGAACGCCGCUCUCAAGCAGCAGCUGGGUGGCGCUGCUGGAGCCGCGCCGCCGCUGCCAAUGCCGAUGUACCCCGCGAUGUAUCCUUUGCCGAUGCCGUGGAUGCACCCGGCGUAUCCCAUGCGUGGAUCACAGGUACCGCUGGUGCCAAUUCCUCGGCUGAAACCCCAGCAACCUGCACCUACUGCAGCAGAGCCACCGGCCAAGAAGGCUAGGAAGACCAAGAAGGUUGCAAGUGUUAGCUUCCUGGGGUUGCUUUGCCUUGCGAUGCUCUGUGGGUGUUUGAUUUCUGUAGUACAUCGGAUGUAUCCCUCUGUUGAUGCUGGAGAAGGUGCUGCAUUUGGUCCUUCUCAUCAUGGGAGGAUCCUGGCUGUUGAGGGGCCUCAUGAUAAUGUCUCGGAUGGUAUCGAUCCAAAGCCGCCACAGAGUGGCAGUGAGACCCUUCCAGCGCUGUUGUAUCUACCGAAGAAUGGGAAACAUGUCAAGAUUAAUGGGAAUCUUGUUAUUAAGUCAAUUGUUGCUAGUGAGAAAGCUUCAUUGCGGUUGCCUGGCUAUGAUGGGACGAGUCCUCAAAAGCAAAAGAAGGAAGAGACUAGCUUGGCAAUUCCCGGCUAUGUGACUCCAUUGGAAGCUGGAGAGGUUAUGGAAUCAGCCAAAGGAGUGAUGAAAAAUGAACUGAUGGCUUUGGCUCCUGCAGAUGGAAAUGUGUAUAGGGAGGAGGAUGGAUUGCUGCCACAGUGGUUUAGUGAAGCAAUGUCUGGUCCCUUGCUGAGCUCAGGAAUGUGCACUGAAGUUUUCCAGUUUGAUGCAUCUCCAUCAUCUGCUCAUUCAAAUGGCAUCAUUCCUGUCUACUCCAAUACCAUGUCAAACUCGUCACAGAAUUUUACUCAAAAGCUUCCCUCCGCUUGUCCUCGCACGGUGAAGAACAGAAGGAUUUCAUACUCUGAGACCAUUCCUUUAAGAGGUUCAACAUCCAACGACACCGAGCACUUCAAAACACCACCGAAGAAUGAGAGCUUUGGCAGUACGAAGCCUGUUUCAUCGGUGGUCGUCUCAGUGCUGGCUGAUCCCAGAGAGGCUGGUGACGGGGAUGGUGAGGGGAGGAUCUCUUCAAAAUCGUUGUCCCGGAUCUUCGUUGUCGUUCUUAUAGAUAGUGUUAAGCUUGCAAACAUGUAUAUCCGAGUGAAGCGCAACAAGACUACCUACUUCAUUCAAUGUGAACCAACAGAAACGGCUUUGAGCAUCAAACAGAAGUUGCAUUCGCUGAUAGACCAACCUCCUAUUAAUCAGCAGUUGCUCUUGUGGCCCAGCAGUGAUGUGCUUGAAGACUCAAAGACGCUGGCAGAUCAAAAGGUGGAAAACGAUUCCAUUGUUGCUUUGGCACUAAGAAAAGAUGACGAUGAGUUUGAGGAAGUUUUCAUCGCCAGGCCAGAGGAUUUCAUGUCAUCAUCAUGAUAAAGAUUAGUUCGUCAUCUCAACAAUGCGACCGCUGUGUGUUCUCGGAGCGGACCCGGUGCUCUACGUUGGUCCCUCUAGGAUCUGGGAUGUAGCUCAUUUGUCCCUUUGGGAGGAAAGAAAAUUUGUUAUGAAGAUCCCAAACAACCAUUGCGGAUGAUAUUAAGCUGUGAUUUGACGCACCAACUGAUGCCGUGCUCUUGUACCUACUGGUGUCUGUCUUGAUGUUGGGAUCAAGCGCACCUAAUUGUCCUUUUGUACCAGCUCUAGCAUGUGAAUCCAUCUGUGCCUCCGCCACCUAAUACACUCACUGUUGCUGCUGGCAUUUCUGCUUGGCUAUUGCUUGAUUCAA